UUUGUUUUAUUAUUUUUUUGAAAAUUUAUCAGGUUAUGCAAUUUGGCGUUUUAUUUUUAUUAUUAUUUUUCAAUCAAAUUUCUCAGUUCGCUUCAAAUGAUUGCUAUCACGAAUUUAUCGUCUUUUCACUUGAUAAUCAACAAAAUAAUACUUUUGAGAAGGACUUUACCUUUUUGGAUGAUUCAAAAAGUUGUGACCAAUUUCUCACAAAUUUAUUGCCUAUCGAAGACGACAAAAACGGAAGAAAACAAAUUCCAAAUUGUCCAGAUGAUUUGCUAGAAGUGGAUUUAAUGCCUUAUUCUGUUUUUCCUGAUGGGCAAAAUAUUCUUCCAUAUAUAAAAUUGAAUAUAUCCUUUGUUGCAAGAUCCUCAGAAAUUCAAGAAAUUUAUUUUCAAUUUCGCUGUUUAUAUUCUCCCAACAAGGAAGAUUAUCUGUGUCACAAACAAGAAAUUCUAAUUCGAAAAUGGGGAAGAAUGAUUUGGCCAUGUAGGCGUUUGGGGAUUGGAGAUUAUUUUAAAAAUAAGGACGAACUUGCAAUUUUCUUCUCAUAUACUUGUUAUAAUCUGUUCAGUCUCAGUCAAUAUUUACUUGAUAUUUUUGUAAUUAAAAAUAAUGAUGGAUCUCUUUGUAGAAAAACUUUUUUACUAACGACACCCUUAGAACGUCAAUUAGACCCAAAAAUUGCUUACUUCUACAGUGGAAAUGGAAAAUGGCCUGAAUUUCUUCAACAGAAUCACUUGGCUAGAUGGUCUCCUCUUAUUUAUGUUGAUCUUUCUUAUUCUGAUGAAAUUUUAGUCAAUUUAAGUCCAAUGCGUUGGAUAUGGCCUUCAAGGGAUGUUAACCUUUCUAUAUUUUCUGUCUAUGAUUUUGAUGAUUUUUCUCAUCAAAAUAAAACAAAAAGUGAGAAACAUUUAUUGGUAGCUAAUGAAAGAAUACAUCCACAAAAAUAUGAUAAAAAUAGUUUAUUUGUUAAUUUAUUUGAAUCGAAACAACAUUGGAGGAAAUAUUGGAAGAAUGUUGAUGCAGGGAAAUAUAUACUUUAUGCAUUUCUUGACAAUAAUCAAUGUGAACUUGUUUGUGAUAAAAAUUCUCUUGCUGGCAAAAAUUGUAUAGAAUGUCCACAUACAGCGUUGAACUUUACUCUUUUUGAAUCAAAAUAUUCUAAUGAAUGGAAAAGAAGAAAGACGCUAAUAUUAAUUUCCAAAUAUGCUGUUCUUCUACUUUUAGGUAAACUUUUUUUGGUUUUAUCGAAAUUUUCAUUACAAAAAUAUUUUGAUUUCAAUAGUUCUUAUAAUACAUAA